AGUUUCCCUUCAAUCCGCUCUGAGGUCAGACUGAAGGAGUCUCUCCCUACCACAACGAUGCUGCUCCUUACUCUCAUGUCUCUCGCUAUUAGUCUUGUGAAGGCAGAUCAGAAGAGACCCCUGGACCUCAGUGAGACCCUGGGGGAACACGUGGCUCUGGGCCAAUUAACUUUAAAUGAAAUGUUCAAGGAGGUGGAAAAGCUUAUGGAGGACACGCAGCAGAAACUUGAAGAGGCCGUGCAUCAGAUGGCGAAUGAGACCUCCAGAUCUCUAUAUGGACACCGUCUGCCUUUUGGCCACCCCAAUCCCAACAUGACUGGAGACAAGGACUCAGACAGCGAGUCAGGAGAUACACUUUCCUCCACACCCCUCAUUCAGGAUAGCCGCUGGAACGAGGUGGACCAUGAGUGUCUGAUUGAUGAAGACUGUGAGGAGGACAGCUACUGUCUGUACAAUAUCAGCAGCUCCAAAUGCGUUUCGUGUAAAUCCACAAACGUGGAGUGUGAGAAGGACGAGGAGUGCUGUGGAGAACAGCUGUGUGUGUGGGGUGUGUGCACGCAGAACAAAACCCGAGGAGAUUCAGGGACGAUCUGUCAGUACCAGAGCGACUGCAGCACCCUGCACUGCUGCGCCGUACACAAAGCGUUGCUGUAUCCGGUGUGCAGGCCGAGGCCUCUGGAGGGUCAGAGCUGUUACGAUCAGCCGAAUGAGCUGCUGGAGCUGCUGAUGUGGGACGAUGAGGCUCCUCAUGAACACUGUCCAUGUGCUGCAGGCCUGCAGUGUCAGCCACUGGGUCCCGAGUUCCUGUGCCUGAUGAAGAGCUCAACUGGAGACACGAGCCUGAGAGAUUUACAUUAACCACUAUAAAGAAGCAAGACAGCGACUGAGUCUUAUUAAAAUGGUCCACUUACAGUAUUCUAUUGCUUGUCAGUUAAUGUUUAUAUAUCUAUAUUUAUAUAACGUGUAUGUUAUUUGUAAAUAGUCGUGUCAUGGAAAAAAACAGAAAACAGAGAAAACCUCUGUUAUACAUAUAUAAAGGGGUUUUGAUCAUUGGGAUAAUGAAGGAAGAUCUGUGAAAACAUAUAAGCAGUACAAUUCCUUGAUAAAUAAGAACUUUUUUCCAGCCCUAUAGCAUGAUGCUGCCACCACCAUGCUUCACCUUUAUGUGAUUAGAUAUCUUGUUUUUGCACCAAACAUACCUUUUAUCAUUAUGCCCCCCCAAAAAGUUGACAUGGUCUCAUCAGAUGAUCAUGUGAGAAACAGCUUCCGUUCUUCUAGUGCACUGCAAGAUUGUUGUCACAUACACAGAGUAAUCAGUACUUGACCGAUAUUCGGCUCCUUUAAUGUUGCCGUUGGUCUCUCGGCAGCCUCCCUGGUAAGCUUUUGUCUUGUCCUUUGAUCAAUUUUGGAGGGAUGUCCUGUUCUUGGUGAGGUGACUGUCGUGCCACAUUUUCUCCACUUGUUGAUGAUGGGCUUCACGGUGUUAAAUAGUACAUCUAAUGUUUUGGAAAUUCUAUUGUUCCCCUGUCCUGAUCAAUACCGUUCGACAAUAAGAUCCUGUACUUGCUUUGUAAGCUUUCCAUCCCCCAAGAAGGUCCUACAGUAACAGCUUUAUUUAAGAUCUUUAUUUGGGGUUAAAUAAGAAUGAUGUUCUUGAUGACAGAUGUACGAUAAUUACUUUUGAACGCGAGUUUGAAUGUAAAAUUUUACGCAACAUUUACUCAACCAAGUUAUCGUUAAGUUCUUUGCUUCUUCCUAUUCUUCCCGACUAAAAUGUUUCGGAUUGUUUUUCACUUGAAUUGUGCCGUUUGCUGUGUCACAUUAAAGGUGGAAAACGAUCAGA